UCGUGGUGGGUCUUUUUUUUUUUUUUUUUCCUUUUCUUUUAUAUAAUUUUUUUCCCUUCCUCUUAAAACCAACGCAAACCCACCAAAUUUUCCCCCUCUCUCUCUCUUUCUUUCCUGUGAUUCUGAAUUUGAAGCAAAAUGGUUAUGGCUGCCGAUUCCCAAUUCCAUGUUCUUGCCGUUGAUGAUAGCCUCAUAGAUAGAAAGCUCAUCGAAAGGCUUCUCAAAACCUCCUCAUAUCAAGUUACUACGGUUGAUUCUGGUAGCAAGGCCUUGGAAUUUCUUGGUUUGAUUCAAGAACAUCAACCUACAAACUUCAAAUCGUCUUCUAAUUCUUCUUUUUCCUCCCCUAAUAAUCAUCAUCAGGAAGUGGAAGUGAAUCUUAUCAUCACUGAUUACUGUAUGCCUGGAAUGACUGGCUUCGAUUUACUCAAGAAAGUUAAGGAAUCAACAUCGCUAAGAAACAUACCAGUGGUGAUAAUGUCAUCGGAAAACGUACCUUCAAGAAUCAACAGAUGUUUAGAAGAAGGCGCGGAGGAGUUUUUUCUGAAGCCAGUUCGAUUGUGCGAUGUGAAUAAACUGAAACCGCAUAUGAUGAAGACGAAAGUGAAGGAAGAUCAAAAUCGAGAAGAAGGAGAAGAAGAAUCAAGAACAGAGACCGAAUUGAAGUUGGUACAAGAAGAAGAAGGGGAAAUUGAGUUUGAGAUGAUGAGUAAGAAGAGAAAGGGAGGUACGGAAGAAGAAGAAGAAGAAGGUUUGGAGGAGGAGAUGAGAAGAAGAAGAAGAAGAUACAACAACAAUGGCGUCGCAACGGCGAUUUGAUUAAACGAUACGGCAACGGAGGCGGGGCAUUAGAGAAAUUGUAUAUAAGAGAGAGAGGUUAUUGAAAAGAAAUUUAGAAGAAGAUGGUGAUUCGUUUCUUACAAUGGAAGAUUUGUUAUACAUCAAAUUCAAUUUUGUUUUUCCAUUUCUAAACUCAAUAACAAACUCUCCUCCUCCAAUUACCAUUUUAA